CUGCACACCAGUACAGUCCAGACAAAUUUUCCGAAGCAGAAGCAUUGUAUCCCAAACCUGUAGAGACUUCCUAUCUCCAACGAAAUGUCAACAACCAGAGGUCAAGCUCAAAGGGCAGCUGAGACUCAAACUGAAGCUCAAUGUUCAACGAGGGCCAUUAAAGCAUAUAGAGAGUUGUUAAUGGAGCUAAGAAUUCGCAGCAUGAUAGGGUCUUAUAUGAUGUACGACCAGUCAGACCAAUACGGUAAUUGGGCGUUCUGGAUGCUCAUAGCAGCUAGUGGAAUACUUGGCGUGGCUGCAGGAGGUUUAUCCCAGUACAUCCCUGGAGGGAAGGGAUGGAUCCCUUUUAUAUCUAAGAUAACCAUAGGGAUGAUCACUGGCACAGGCGGCACCUUCAAAGUUGGCAGCAAGCUUCUUCAUGAAAAGUUUGAGGAGAAGCAGAAGCUCUUCAACGAGACAGGCGCCGGAUGGCAGGAACUAGAGUUGAACAUCCGUCACUUCCUUGAUACUACUGAGGACACAGACAGCAGAGAUAAGUACCAACAAUUCACUGAGAAUUGUAUAAAACAACGGAGAGAGAUAUGUCGUAUGGCAAAACCAGAGAAGCCCAUCUACAAAGAGUACAAUAAAAACUUCAAAGGUCACGUUGUGGAUCGGUAUAAGAAAAAGAGACAAGCCGUCGCAGGUAUUCGAGCUGAACUUAAAAGAGAAGGCAUCCUGUGAAGAAGAACCUAGAGAUGUUUUAACUAUUUAACCUGCCACUUUUUGCAACAAAUGCUUUCCCGCUGUUUCAUGAAACUACUUUAUGCUUUCAGGGCAUCAUAUACCUACACGCCUGAGUAAAUCUUAAUGUUUUUGUUUCUUGUUUACUCGGGUAAUACGAAUUAUCUGUGACUGCAUGUUGUUUUUCCUUAAUGUAAUAAACACCAGAAAUACGAAUGAUUGAUGUUAUAAGUAAUACCUGACCACUCUAUCCAAAUGUACUCGCCUCUUACGUCAAGCAGAAGUGUAAUGUGAUCUAA